AUGGUAAUCAGUGGGGUUUUGGACUGGGCCAUCUUCUCUAGAGAAGAGUUGGCAAUUAGAAGUGCAUUCAACUUUCUUCCCAAGUGUUCUUGGCCCUGGACGGAUUCUCUGAUGCACUGGGCUGUCCAGAAAGGGGACCACGCUCCUGGGGCUUGGAACCCUGAAGCUAGCUUCUUGAUGAAGCAUCUAUGGGAUCACCCAGAAGAGAAGAAAAUUAUGUCCUUUAAUGGGUGCAUGGCUCAAGUCUAUGCUGAACACAUUUUCAGUGCUACUGAGAUUAUCCUAUUGAGGGUGAUGGCCUAUGACUGCUACAUGGCCAUCUGUAGACCUCUGCACGACACGGCCAUCAUGAGCCACAGGCUGUGUAUUCUGCUGGGAGGGGCCUGGACUGGAGGACUUCUCCAUGCAACCUUUCAGAUUCUUUUUAUUGUUGGGCUGCUCUUCUGUGGUCCCAAAGUCAUAGAUUACUUCAUGUGUGACUUGUACCCUUUACUGAAACUCGUCUGCAUGGACACUCAUACCCUGGGUCUCUUUGUUGAAGCCAGCAGUGGGUUCAUCUGUCUGUUUAAUUUUUUCCUCAUGUUGAUUUCCUUUUUGGUCAUCUUACAUUCCCUAAAGAACUAUAGCUUGGGGGCAGAGCACAAAGCCCUUUCCACUUGUAUCUCUCACAUCACAGUAGUUGUUUUUGUGCCCUGUAUCUUUGUGUAUCUGUGCCCAGUGACCAUUCUGCCCAUUGAUGAAACCGUUGCUUUCUUUCAUACAAUUAGGCACACAGUUGCUCAUAGUAGUCUCUCAUAA